AUGGGGCGUGACAGAUCCAGGUCCAGUUCAGACUCCGAUGAUUAUCAUCGGUCGAGCAGAAAGAAGGAGGAUUCCCAUCGACGUCGCGACGACAGACACCGGGAUUCCGAUCGGGAUCGACGAAGGAGAAGCCGUUCGAAUUCGUCUCGUCAUCGACGAUCAGAAGGAUCUCAACGACCGCGAAGUAGUAGACAUGGUUCUGACUACAAAGACACUUCGUUGAUGACACGACCAUCAGUAGCAAGUCACUUCGGAACUCCGCCAAUAGAUGUUGCAGAUUUCGACAAUUGGGUGAACAUUUUGGCGAAAGUCGAUCAAAAUGAAGAUGUCGAAUACGCUCGUGAGAAAUAUCGGGCAUUCCUGUCGAGAUACCCAAAUUGCUAUGGAUUCUGGCAGAAGUAUGCAGAAUAUGAGAAGAAGAUGGGAAAUAUUGCAGAGGCAAAAGCGGUUUGGGAGAAGGGAAUCAUCAGUAUUCCAUUGUCGAUUGAUCUCUGGUUGGGAUACACUGCAGAUGUGAAGAAUAUUAAAAACUUUCCGCCGGCCUCACUGAGAGACUUGUACGCCAGAGCUAUCGAAAUUGCUGGACUCGAAUAUCAAAGUGAUCGUCUUUGGCUAGAAGCUAUCGGAUUCGAGAGAGCCGUUUACAUAGAUGAACUUUGCAGAGGAAGUUCCAAAGCUAAUUGCAAACGAAUUGGAAUUCUUUUCGAUAAGCUUCUCUCAACUCCAACGUUCCAUGCACCAUCACAUCUUGAGCGUUACGUUCAGUACUUGAAUACAAUUGAACCACAUUUGCUGCUCAAUGAUCGGGAAUACGAAGAAAUCAUGAAAAUGGUUUGCAAACAACUCGAUAAGCCGAUUGGUGAACUCGUUCAUCAAGUUCAAUUGAGCUACAUAUGUCAGACCGGUGAAAAUGGAAUGUUGAACAUCGUUAACGAGUCAGGAGAAGGAACUUUCCCAGUCAAUGUCAACAGUAUUCAGCAUGACCCAACAGCUCUUCAACUCAUCCGUUCGGAAAUUAUUGCUCGACGUAGUAAGAUCUACGAGAGGAAUAUGAAGGAGUGCGAGAUACGCUCAGGAUUCGAAAUCAACAUCAAGCGGCCAUAUUUCCACGUCAAACCACUCGAUUAUCCUCAACUGUUCAAUUGGUUGUCUUAUUUAGAUUUCGAAAUCAGACAAGGACAAGAGGAUCGUAUCAAAAUACUCUUCGAUCGAUGCCUCAUUCCUUGUGCUCUUUACGAAGAGUUCUGGAUAAAAUAUGCUCGUUGGAUGUGGAAAACAUACAAGUCAAAGUCCAAAUGCCGUGAAGUUUAUUUGAAAGCUAAAACACACUGUCCAACUUCGCUGAACUUGGUUCUGAGCCAGUCUGGAUUCGAAGAAGCCGCAGAAAACUUCGAUGAGGCACUGAAAGUUCUUGACACUUUCCGUCGUGAAUACCCAGGAUAUGUUCUCCUCGAACUCCGUUACCUUGGAAUAUUACGCCGGAAAGCUGAGAAAGAAGGUGGAACCGCAUCGGAAUAUGUGUUGAAUCAAUACGAAGCACUUAUAAAAGAUUCUCAAGCAUCUCCGAAUCUUCACUCAUUCUAUAGUCUGAAACUUGCCAGAUAUCAUCUCAAAUCACGUCGGGAUGCUAAACUUGCCCAAAAAGUGCUAAAGAAAGCAGUGUCAGUAGAUCAAUUCAAUUUGCAACUAUACAGCCAAUAUGUGGAUAUUGCAUACACUUCUGAAUCGAUGACAGAGUUGGACGUGAUCCAGUCGUUUGACCUUGCACUGGACAGUAAUUUGAGACUUGAAGAUAAAGUUCGAUUCAGUCAACGAAAACUUGAUUAUUUGGAGGAGCUCGGCAACAACAUUCAAGCAAUUGAAGACCACCGUGACUAUCAUUACAAUCUUCUGGGUCAAUUACCGGAUAGUGUGACCAUUAGAACUAGGUUCAUCAAUGAUCCGAAUAGAGCAACUCUACAGCCAGCAGCAAUGCCACCACAACAACCGCCGCCGAUGGUUUAUGCACCACAAAUGCAACAGCCAGCGAUGAACAUGAUGCCAAUGAUGCCAAUGCAGCAAAUACAACCGAUGACAUACAUGAAUCCAGCUCAACCGGCAGUUCAGUUGACUCUAAUCGAACCAACAUCUUCAACGAUGUAA